CGAAGAGACUCUGAAGGGAGGGGGAGGGGGCGCCGUGUGUUGACAAUUUGCGGACAUUGAGUCAGCACCUAACUUUAUGGAAACCUGCACAUGCCACCUAGAUAAAAUGAAAGAUGGUAAUUGUACUAGUGACGAAGAAGAUGAUUUUGUUUUUUUGUCAAAAGAGGAGUUAAUUUUGAAAUGUAAAGAACUUCGAUUUGAAAAUCAAAAACUUAGGAAACAACUUGAUAAUUUUAAUCUUCAGCGGAUAAAAAAUAUAAAGAAAAAAGAACACAAACAACGACCAUUUCAUUUUGAAAGUUAUAGAAGUCAUCGAAUUGCAUUAAAGUUUUUGUACCUGGGAUGGGAUUAUCAAGGAUUAGCAAAUCAAGAAACAACAAAUAACACUAUAGAGGAUGCAAUCUUUAAUGCUAUGAUUAAAGCAAAGUUGAUAGAAGAUCGUGUUUUGUGCAAAUAUUCUCGUUGUGGUAGGACUGAUAAAGGAGUCAGUGCUUUCGGACAGGUGAUUGCUCUCAAUGUGCGAUCCAAUACUCUGGUUAGUGAAGAAGAAGAUACAAGGGAAGAAAUAUCAUAUGUUAGACUUCUAAACAAAAUUCUUCCACCUGAGAUUCGAAUGUUGGCUUUUGCAAGAGUUCCUCAAGAUUUUGAUGCAAGAUUUGAUUGUGAUACCAGAAUGUAUAAAUAUUUUUUUCCAGCUAAAAGAAUGGAUAUAAAGUUAAUGGAUGCUGCUGCUCAAAAAUUUGUUGGUGAAAAAGACUUUCGUAACUUUUGUAAAGUUGAUGUUGGGAACAAUGUUAACCAUUUCAUUCGAAAUAUUGUUUCUUUUAAAGUUCAAAUGUUAAAUAAUGUAGACCUGGUUGACAUUUGUGAAAUGGAAAUUACUGGAUUGGCAUUUUUAUGGCACCAAGUAAGGUGCAUGGUAGCUGUUUUACUUUUGAUUGGGUUAGGUGUUGAAAAGCCUGAGAUUAUUGAUCAUUUACUAGAUGUUGAAAGUUGUCCAAAGCGUCCUCAAUAUGAAUUGGCAUCAGAAAUCCCUUUGGUACUUUAUGACUGCACAUAUGAUGAUAAAAUAAAUUGGUGUUAUGACAUUGAAAGUAACACCCAAAAUGUAAACAUAUUACAGAAGAAGUUUACUAUCUUUACGGUUCAAUCAGCUAUUAUUGCAUCUAUGCUAAAAGAUCUUAAUGCAAAUUCAAAUACAUCAGUAGCUGGUAUUCUUCCUACAUUUAAAGAAAAAGAUCAUAAACCUAUUGAUAAACGAGCUGUAUGCGAAGGUCUUAAUCGACAUUUGGAAAAACAAACUGCCAAACGGCUGAAACGUCAAGAAACUUCCGCGUCUCGUACAUGUAUAUAUUAGCAUUUACAUUAGAAAAAUGUAAUAACUAUUUUAUCUAUCAGAAGGAUACAUUUCAGAAGCUGUAUACAUUUCGGCCAGCAUAAAACCUUUAACCCGCCAUAAAAUGCCUAAUCUUGUUCUAAAUCUAAUCUUUGGUAUUUAUUAAGAUGAUCAAGAAUUAUAAGAUAUCUCAAAUUCUCGACCAGUUAAAGAACUACAAAAUAACGGGCAAAUAGAAAUUAAUAUUAUAUUUUGAAUUUUAAGGGAAUGAAAAAUUUCGUUUAUUGGUUUUCUGUGACUUAUCGUAGUACUGGUUAACAGAGAUUUUAUAUUAAUAUGUUUGUUUUUGCAGCAGAAAAGAAUCUUUCAAGUUCCACAGAGAUUUUGUAUCAAGGGCGCUUUAAUGGUGUUUAAUGUUUACAUCUUGUAUCAAGGGCGCUUUAAUGGUGUUAAAUGUUUACAUCUUUGAUGUAUUUGAAAAAAUUUAAAAGAUUUGUUAAUAAAAUUUUUAUUUUCUCUGA